AUGAAUUUACUUGAAGGGAGAGUUGACAAAUUAUACAAAAUGACUAUAAUGAACGAAAAUGAAUCAAUUGAGCUUUUUUGUUGGAAUGCAUUUAAGCAAGCGACUCCUCGAGAAGAUUUUGUUAACAUUUCCAAAAUAAUAGUUGAAUAUUCUGGGGGAUUGCCACUAGCUCUCAAAGUCCUUGGAUCUAAUUUGUUUAAUAAGAAGAUAUCAGAGUGGAAAUUUGUGUUGGAUAAACUCAAAAGAAUUCCUAAUUGUGAAGUGCAUAAGAAGUUAAGAAUAAGUUAUGAUGACUUAAAUGAUGAUGACGAGAAAGAAAUAUUCCUUGACAUAGCUUGUUUCUUUAUUGGGAUGGACCGAAAUGAUGUGAUACUUGUAUUAAAUGACCGUGGACUUUCUGCAGAAAUUGGAAUACGUGUUCUUGUUGAGCGUAGCCUUGUGACUAUUGAUGAUAAGAACAUGAUUGGAAUGCAUGAUUUGCUGCGAGAUAUGGGAAGAGAAAUCAUUCGUGAGAAAUCACCAAGGGUGCCUGAAAAGUGUAGUAGGUUGUGGUUUCAGGAGGAUGUCAUAAACAUUUUAUCAAGACAAACUGGGAAAAAAAGUGUUAUGGGAUUGACUUUGAAGUUGUCUAGGGAAAAUGCAAAAUGUUUUAGCACCAAAGCAUUUCAAAAAAUGAAAAGGCUCUACUUGCUUCAACUUGCAGAGGUAAAACUUGAUGGAGAUUUUGAACAUGUUUCAAGAAAUCUGAGAUGGCUGUUAUGGGAUGGAUUAAGUCACAUACCUACAAACUUCUAUCGAGAAAAUUUGGUUUUCAUCGAGUUAAAGAACUGCAAUGUGGAACUUCAAUGGAAUAAGACUCUGAUGAUGGAGAAGCUGAAGAUUCUCAAUCUUAGUCAUUCUCACCAUCUCACACAAAGUCCUGACUUUUCAAACAUGCCUAAUCUUGAAAAGCUAAUACUUAAAGAUUGUCCAUUGUUGUCUGAGGUUUCUCCUAGCAUUGGACAUCUCAAGAAAAUUCUUCUAAUAAAUUUGGAAGAUUGUAUUAGCCUAUGCAGUCUCCCAAGAAGCAUAUAUAAGUUGGAAUCUCUGAAAACUCUCAUUCUUUCGGGUUGUUUAAAGAUUGAAAAGUUGGAAGAUGUAGAACAAAUGGAAUCUUCAACCAAAGUUCCCUUUUCAGUGAUAGGGUCCAAAAGCAUUGGAUAUAUUUCUCUGUGGAACUAUGAAAGAUUUUCAUGUGAUGUGUUUCCAUCUAUAAUUUGGUCUUGGGUGUCACCAACAUAUAGUCUCCCCUCCCAAUUUCAAACAUCUACUAUCAUGUCAUCUCUUGAUAGUUCUCAAGAACUAUCAACUUUUUCUAACUACCUUCCGAGGCUUCGAAGUCUUUGGGUGGAUUUCAAAUCUGAAGAUCAACUUGCUUUACAUGCUAAAAUAAUUUUGGAUGCUUUAUGUGUCACAGUUUCUAAGGAUUUGGAAUCAACUGCAACUACAUCACAAUUAUCAAGCAGUAGUCAAGUGCAUGUUUUAGGAUCAAAACAUUGCUUGAAGUCUCUUUUAAUUCAAAUGGGAAUGAAUUGCCAAGUCACUAAUUUUCUGAAAAAGAAAAUUUUACAGAACAUGGAUGUCAAUGAGAGCGAUGGUUGUUUUCUCCCCGGUGAUAACUAUCCAAAUUGGAUAACCUUUCAUUCUGAAACCUCUUCUGUAACCUUUCAAGUCCCUCGAGUGGAGGAGCGUAACUUGAAUACAAUGAUGUGCAUUGUCUAUACUUCCACUCCAGACGACAUAGCAUCCGAUGGGCACCUUAAAAGUGUGUUGGUGAAAAAUUACACAAAGAGUACCAUUCAGCUUUAUAAGAGAGAGACAUUAGCCCCCCUUGAAGAUGAGGAGGGGCGGAGGAUAGUAUUGAGCAUGGGACCUGGUAACAAAGUGGAGGUUGUCUUUGUUUUUGAGAAUGGUUUCAUUGUGAAGAAGAUUGCAGUUUAUCUAGUAUAUGAUGAACCGGUUGGUGAAAAACUGGAGCUUACAUCAAGUACCUGA